AUCUGUGAUUGAGGAGAACAAUGCGUCGUUCAUCGAUCAUGAGGCGUCUCCAACGGGACUAAAGAGACCGAUCGAUCGAUCGAUCAGCGGUGGAUUGAAGAAUAAUUGAGAGCGAGGAGGGAGGGAGGGAGGGAGGGAGGAUGGAGGAGGUGGAGCAGACGCUGACCAAGAAACAGAUCGAGGAGUUCCGGGAGGCGUUCAGCCUCUUCGACAAAGAUGGCGACGGGACGAUCACGACCAAGGAGCUGGGCACGGUGAUGCGGUCGCUGGGGCAGAGCCCGACGGAGGAGGAGCUGCAGGGGAUGGUGGACGAGGUGGACGCGGACGGCAGCGGCGCCAUCGACUUCCAGGAGUUCCUCACCCUGCUGGCGCGCCAGAUGCAGGAGGCCAGCGGCGCCGACGAGGACGAGCUCCGGGAGGCCUUCCGCGUGUUCGACCAGGACCAGAACGGCUUCAUCUCCCGCGACGAGCUCCGCCACGUCCUCCAGAACCUCGGCGAGAAACUCUCCGACGAGGAGCUCGCCGAGAUGCUCCGUGAGGCCGACGCCGACGGCGACGGGCAGAUCAACUACAACGAGUUCACCAAGGUCAUGCUCGCCAAACGAAGGAACCAGGAGCUGGAAGACCAUGGGAGUGAGUCAAGUCACUCCAAGAGACUCUGCCCCUCCUGUACAAUCCUCUGAAACUCUACUCACUCUGCCACCUUAGUUUCUAGCUGUCAGGAUAAACAAAUGUAACUAACAGCAAGCAAAGCAUGAAUCUGCAUGAUUCGCGGUGUAAAUGGAAAGAAAAUUACUGAAAUGAUGACUGAAUACCAAUUGAGUUCCCAA